UCAUCCAAAUAUGUUUGGCAUAACAGCAAAAUUGCUGCUGCAGUUUCAGAGUGUUUGUACUAUUAAUUUUAAUGUUCAGAGUUUGAUUCAUGGUCACCAGCAAUUAAUGACUAGCAAGGCAGUGCUGUGGAGAAUUGCAUUGUUUAGGUAAUGCCAGCAAAUGUUAUCUUCAAAUUUUCACUCAUAAGAAUCUGAUAACUCAGUAUAAUCUGGCCUAGUCUUAGUUUGGCACACAUAAGCACUUGGUUCAGUGCAUAAGUAUUGUGUAGGCAUCUGGUGCAAUGAAUGCUAUUUUUUACAGACUGGCUGAAGAGGUGCUAAAAGUCUUUCAUUCAGAUUCAGUGAAAGGCUUCAACAUGGAAUCAAAUUUUCAGUGAUAAGUCAUUCUACUCAUCAUUUCCAGUUCUCUAAAAUUGUACAAGCCUGGCUCCGCCAUGGCUGAGCUGGACUUCAGUCCCCUGUCUCCCUCGUGCUACCGAUCCCUCACCGACAAACUGUAUGACAAGAGGAAGGUCGCUGCCGCCGAAAUUGAAAAGAUGGUGCGCGACUUCGUCACGAUGAACAGCACGGCCCUGCUGGACCAGAUGAUGGGCACGUUCAAGGCCAUGUGUGACUCGCCUAACGCCAACACGGUCAAGGGCGGUCUGAUGGGCAUCGGAGCCAUGGCCGUCGCCAUGGGGCAGCCGGCCGUGUCGCCGUACGCCGCCUCCAUGAUCGACACCAUCCUCGCCUGCUUCGUCAAGUCGCACGAGUCGCGCCUGCGCUACUACGGCUGUGAGGCACUCUUCAACGUCUGCAAGUCGGUGCGCAGCGCCACGAUGCCUUCGUUCAACCGCGUCUGGUGCGCCAUGGCCCAGCUGAAGACGGACCCGGACCUGAACGUGCGCAGCGGCGCCGACAUGCUGGACCGCCUGAUGAACGACCUGGUGGUCGAGUGCCCGAGCUUCGACCUGCCGUCGCUGAUGCCGCACCUGCGCGACCGCGUUUACACGGACGAGCGCAUCGUGCGCCAGCUGAUCAUCACGUGGCUGGGUCACCUGCACUCGCUGCCCGACCACGACCUGCUGCCGUUCCUGCCCGAGCUGCUGGACGGCCUGUUCCGCAUACUGAGCGACCCGGACGACGCCCUUAUGACCAGCUGUGAGAGCCUGCUGCAGCGUUUCCUGGACGCCAUCCACAAGCGGCAGGCCACGGUGGACUUCGCCAGCAUGAUCUCCGUCCUCAUCAUCCACAUGCAGUCUUCCGACGCCAACACACAGCGCGUCGCCGUCUCCUGGACCAAGGACUUCGUGGCGCUGGCCGGCGCCAGCCUGCUGCCGCACCUGGCCGGCGUCCUGCUGGCCGUGCUGCCCUGCCUGGCGCUCGGCGACGACAGUCGACAGCUGACCAAGGAGAACGCCAAGACCAUCAGCCACAGCCUGAUGCAGCUGAUCCGGACGGACACGCAGGUGGUGAACGCGCCGUUCUCGACGGCGCCGGCGGAGGCGGCCGGCCUCAGCCUGCAGGCCGUGGUGGAGGUGCUCACCUCGCGGCUGGCCGACACGCAGUCGGUGCCCACCAAGGUGGCCAUCCUCAAGUGGUUCCGACACCUGGAGGAGCACCUGCCUGACGCGAUGUACGAGCACCUGGACAAGAUCUUCCCGGUCCUGCUGACCAAGCUGUCCGAUCCUGCCGACGAGGUGGUGGUGCUCAACAUCCAGGUGCUGGCCGAGAUCUGCUCGGCCAACCCGGCAGCCCCGCAAGAGAUCGUGGGAUCCCACUACUUCAACACGGUGAUGGACAGCCUGCUGCAGGUGUUCGAGAACAACCUGGCGCUACUGGAGGACCGAGGUCCCAUCAUCAUCCGCCAGCUGUGCAUCCUGCUGAGUGCCGAGCAGAUUUUCCGCACGCUGGCCGUUUCCCUGCGGACGAAUGGCAACCUCGACUUCGUGUCGCUGAUGAUCCGCCAGCUGAACUCCAUCCUGAUGACGUCAGCGGAGCUGUACGAGCUGCGCACGGAGCUGCGCGAGCUGCGCACGGAGGAGAGCCGCUCCCUCUUCCUGGAGCUGUACCGGACCUGGUGCGACAACCCCAUCGCCACCAUCUCGCUCUGCCUGCUCACCCAGAACUACCAUCACUCGCUGGCCGUCGUCAAGUGCCUCGGGAGCAUCGAGGUUACGGUUGACUACCUGACGGAGCUGGACCGGCUGGUGCAGCUGCUGGAGACGCCCAUAUUCACAUACCUGCGACUGCAGCUGCUGGAGCCGUGGACGUACCCAGAGCUGGUGGACACGCUGUACGGCAUGCUGAUGACGCUGCCGCAGACCGAGGCGUUCAACAUGCUCAGGAGACGGCUGGACUGUGUGCCCUCCCACCGGCAGCAGCGGUCGGGCGGCGACCGGUCGUCGCGGCCACCGCGACCUCGGCUUGCCCUCAGCGACGAACAGAUGCUGGCCGAGUUUCGCCGCGCCACCGACAAGCGGCGGGCCUAUCGUGAGCACUCGCACUCGUCCAACCUGCUGGACAAGCUCAGCUGAUAGCCGCUCGGACAGGACUGGCCCUGGCCGAGCGGCGGCGCCCUCCGCUGACCGGUGCUGCUGUCCCGGCGGGGUCUGGGCCCGUCGGUCCGGCCCAGGGAGCUCGUCCAGCACCGGCGGUGGCGGACUCCGCUGACCGGUGCUGCUGGCCCGGCGAGGUCCGGCCCCGUCUGUCCGACCCGGGGAGCUCGUCCAGCGGCGGCAGGGCGGACU